AUGAAUGUGGGGUCUAUUUUAAAUAAUGAUACACCUCCAAGUGAUCAUGAAUCAGAAUCAAUACAACAACCAAUUGGUGCUGUUUCCGUUCAUAACCUUAAUAAUAAUAACAUUAAUACCGUGCCUCAUCCUAUAAAUGGUCAUUCAACCACUUCAUCUAGUACUACCUCAUCUCCAUAUGCCAGUAAACGAAAUUCCAUAGCUAAUAUCACUAACGAUAGAGAUGUUGAUAUAACCACUGGAAGAGAAACUACGGUUAAUGUCAGUAGAAAUUCAAGUUUAUCUGAUUCUCCCAAAGAAGAUGUUGAUGAAUUAACUAAAUUAAAAGCAUUAAAGAGAAAAACUAAACCAAGACGUUAUAAUACACCUCCAAUCUGGGCUCAAAGAUAUAUACCUCCUAAUCAAAGACAUAGAUAUAAUAAUGACGUCAAUAUUAAUAAUAAUAAUAACAAUAAUAAUAAUAAUAAUCCUGACAUUCAAAGUAAUGGGAAUGGUAAUGUUAAAUAUAAAAUCAAUGAUACUCCAGUUUUCGAUUAUACUACUACUAGAAGUCUUGAUUUACAAGUUAGUAUAACUGGAGUGAUACCUCCAUCAUCAUUUACAAGAACGGUUGCCGAAUGGAUUUAUGCAAAUUUUUCCAAUAUAACUGAAGAGAAUCGUAAAUAUGUUGAAUUAGAAUUAAAAUUUGGAAAAAUCAUGGAUAAAAGAACUGGUAAUAGAAUUAAUGUCGAUGUGGUUACUGAAUGUAUUUAUACCAAUCAAUCAUCAACAUUUUUUGAAAUGCAAGUGGAAGAAAUUGCUUGGAAUGAUAUUAGGAAAUUUUUUGAAGAAUUGGAGAAGAAUUAUCAAGAUGAAUUAAGAUCAGGUAUACCUGAUUUAUCAAAACCAAGAAGAAAAUUUAAUAUGUUAGAUUCUGAUAUCACUGAUACUUUUUAUCAAGUUGGUAAUCGUGGUGAACAAAUUAAACGUGUUAGAGUAUCAAAGGAUAAUAAUUUGAAUCCUCCAAGAUAUACUGCUAUUGAAAAACAAAGAGUGGCAGAUUUAUUCAUUCAUAAUCCUUCAUCAAUGUAUGAUUUAAGAUUAUCAUUAUCACUUGAAAUGCCAGUUCCAGAAAACAAUAUCGAACCAAUAAGAACCAAGAAUAAACCAUCAGGAGUUAGAGAUAAAAAGAGAAAUACAUGGACUCAUGCCCCAACUUUAACUCAAUUUGAUUUAACUAGAGUUUUAAUUCCAAGAGAAGCAAAGAAUAAACAUGGGAAAACAAUUAUAAAUCAUGAUGUCAAUUAUGAAGUUGAAUUAGAAAUUGAUACUUUGGAAGUUUUCAAUGCCAUUGAUAAGAUUGUAGCAGGAACUGAUGCUUAUCGAUUAGAAGAAUUGGUGGAAAUCUUUAUCAAUAACGCUAGAAUAUUAAAUAAUAGAAUUACAAAAUUAGCCCUGCCAUGA